AUGUCUUCGAGAGCAAUUCAAGUUUGGUUCCAGAAUCGUAGAGCUAAACUUAAACGUGAUGCAAUGGAAUUAAAAAGUGCAGCGGACAGUAAUAGAAAUUCUAAACCUAAAAAAUUAACCUUGGCUGUCGAUUAUUGUAAAGAAAAUCAUCUAAAUAGUGUUGAUAUAGUAAAUAGUAUCAUUAGAAGUAGCAACAAUAUCAAUAGUAUUGAUACAGGCGAUAAUAUUAAUGAUAAUCAUAGUAACGAAAGUGAAUUUUUUUCUUCAAUUUCUCCUACUACCAUUUGGCAAUUGCUUUGA